AUGAAAUUGAGUUUUUUCAUAAUUUUCUUAGUAAUUUUUUAUAAAUGUUCUUACUUAGUUAAAUCAUCAGAUUCAAAACGAUAUUCAAUAAAAUUAUCAUAUUUACAAUUACUUAAAGAAAGACAAUUAUUAAAUGGAAAAAAACUUAUUCCAUAUAAUUCAUUAAUGGGUAUAGCUUCAUCAAAUGUCAAUGCUUAUUCAAAUGGUAAUGAUAGCUAUUAUUCAAAUGAAAAUCAUUAUUUAUAUGGAAUAUAUAUGGGAUUAAAAUGGCAAUGUGUUGAAUAUGCACGUCGAUGGACUUUUUUACGUAAAAGUUCGAUAUUUGAAAAUGUGAAAGGUGCUAAUGAUAUGUGGAAUCAAAUAAAAUAUAUUCAAAGAGUUAUUGAUAAAGAAAAAUUUCCAUUAAAAAAACAUUCCAAUGGUUCUCCAAAUCGACCGAUAAAUGAAUCCUAUUUAAUUUAUCCAAUACAAAAAGAUAUGCCUUAUGGACAUGUUGCUAUUAUUGUUGAUGUUUUACAAUAUAAAAUUCGAAUAGCUGAACAAAAUUUUUAUUUUACUUAUUGGAAACAUAAUUAUUGUCGAGAAAUUCCAUUUGUACAAAAAAAUGGUCUUUAUUAUAUUGAAGAUGAAUAUCAAGUUUAUGGAUGGUUAGAAAUUUAUGAUCAAAAUCAAUUAAAACCAUUAGAUAAAUUAACAGUGGAAAAAAUUCGAAUAAAAUAUGAAAAUAGUUAA